AUGAUUUAUCUCAUCACUCUCAUGGGCAACCUUGGGCUGAUGGCAGUGAUCAAGACAAGCCCCCGGCUGCACACCCCCAUGUACUUCUUCCUCUGCAAUCUCUCUGUUGUCGAUCUUUGCUACUCCUCUGUCUUUGCUCCAAAGCUGCUUCUUGCCUUCUUGGUGGAAAACAAAACCAUCUCUUACCCUGCCUGCUUCCUGCAGCAUUUCUUCUUCCUCAUGUUUGUGACCACAGAGGUGCUCUUGCUGGCUGUGAUGGCUUAUGACUGCUAUGUAGCCAUCUGCAACCCACUGCUCUACACGGUUUCCAUGCCCCACGGGGUCUGUGUUCAGCUGGUGGCUGCAUCAUACAUGGGGGGGAUUUUGAACUCCCUAAUCCAAACCUGUUGCUUGCUGCUGCUGCCCUUCUGCAGCUCCAAUGUCAUCAACCACUUCUUCUGUGAUGUUCCUCCUCUCCUGGCUCUGUCCUGUGCCAGCACGUACAUCAAUGAGAUGAUCCUCUUCUCCUUGGCUGGUGUCAUUGAGCUCAGCACCAUCUCUGCCAUUCUGGUCUCCUACGUCUUCAUCUUCUUUGCCAUCCUGAGGGUCCGUAAUGCUGAGGGCAGGAAAAAAGCCUUUUCCACCUGCAUGUCCCACCUGAUUGUGGUGACCCUCUUGUAUGGAACAACCAUUUUCAUGUAUUUACGCCCUAGCUCUAGUUACUCCCUGAACACUGACAAAGUGGUCUCUGUUUUCUACACAGUGGUGAUCCCCAUGCUCAAUCCCCUCAUCUAG